AUGGCCCAAAUAUCGCCUUCAACAAGACGGCAUUCCAUUCAUCCAGCCGACAGUUCUAUUACAUCCAGUCAGCAGCAUCAAUUGUUACCACAAGAGAUCGAAACAUCUAUCACUCGAUCAAGUUCAAUGCAAAGUUUAUCGGUUGGCGAUGAAACGCCAGAUCGUUAUCAAUCACGUGAAAUUAUUGAUACAACUGGAAGUAAAUCGGGUCUAUUAGCAAAAUUAACUGAUGCUAAAAAAACAUUAUUUGGACGUAGUCAAAUACCCGAAGCCUUCUUCAAUUCUCAUGUACAAAAUAAAGCUCUUUUGUCCUAUAUCUUAUCUGAACCACAACCUCAAUUGAAUAUUAUACAAGAAUUUGAGAAAAAUGGAUCACAAUUAAAUGCAAUUACUGAAGAUGGAAAUAAUGCACUACAUCUAUUAGCACGUGCUGAUUUACAAUCGUCAGAAUGUAUUAAUAUUGUUCAAUAUUUAAUUACAAAAGGAUGUGAUCCUAGUAGACAAAAUGAUUACGGUUGGACAGCUGCACAUUAUGCACUGGCUGCAAGAAACACAGAUUUGGUGAUAUAUCUUUUAAAAAUAAUGAUCGACGUUACAGUACACUCAUCUGAAGCACAUUUUGAUUAUCCUAGUCAAACACAAUUGAUUCAUAUAGCUGCACGUAAAAAUGACAGUGUACUAAUUCGUAUACUAAUUAAAACUUAUAAAGUUCGUGUAAAUGUAUUUGAUGAAGAUGGUUGUUCUCCUUUACACAUUAGUUGUUAUGAAGAUAAUGUAGAUGCUUUAAAAGCUCUAUUAGAAAAUGAUGCUGAUUUUGUCAAGGGUACACGAUUAAAUCCAAAUGAAAAUCCUAUUAGUAUUUGUGUUAAAUAUCAACAUGAUUCAUGUCUAAAAGCAAUAUUUGAUACAAAUGUAAAUUUUAAUUGGAAACGAUAUUUUUCACAAUUACAACGAUCACCACUUCUAUGUGAUUUUCCUACAAUACAAGCCAUUGAAAUAUUAAUUGAACAUAAUUUAGAUAUUAAUGCUUGUGAUGGAAGAGGAAAUACAUUUUUACAUUAUCUAGUAAAUAAAAAAGAUAUUGAUUAUGAAAAAUAUAUUGAAAAAUUAAUACAAUCAAAAGUUGAUUUUAAUAGACAAAAUCGUUUUGGACGUACACCAUUUCUUGAAACAUUAGAACAAAAAAAUUUUAAAUUAUUAGCUAUUUUUCUACAACAUAUAGAUGUAGCAAAUUUAAAUGUACUAGAUUCACUUGGUAAUACAGCAUUACACUAUUGUAAAUUAUUAAAUGAAAAAUAUAUUUAUGAUAGUGUAUUUCAAUCAAAUGUAUUGGCAUUAAAUGCUCAAAAUAGAGAUGGAUAUACACCAUUGCAUGAUGCUGUUAUGGUUGAUAAUAUAUUAUUUGCACAAUAUUUACUUGUACAUGGUGCUGAUCCAACAAUUACAAAUAAAGAUGGGAAUAAUGCUCUUCAUUUAGCAGCAUUACAAGAUAAUGUUCGAAUGUGUAAAUUAUUAAUGAGAACAUCGAUUGAUUUAACAGCAAAAAAUAAACAGGGAAAAAUAGCAUUACAUUUAGCAUGUGCAAAUGAAAAAUCAAAUGUUGCCGCAACUCUUAUUAAUAAAAUUGAUAUAAAUAUAAAUAUUGUCGAUUAUAAACAACGAACACCAUUACAUGAAUGUGCUGAUAAUAGUAAUGGAUCAUUAGCUAAAUAUUUAAUUCGACAUGGUGCUGAUGAAAAUGCAAAAGAUUCAAGAGGAAAUACACUACUACAUUUAGCGUGUGAGAAAGGUAAUCAUGAAUUGGUUCGUACAUUACUUAAAUCUACAAAUUCUGAUUUAAAUUUGUUAAACAGUGAUUUUCAUUCACCAUUGGGUAUAUCAAUAUUGUCUAAUCAUGAUGAGGUUGCCCGUCUCUUACUCGAAGAAGAAAAUAUAUGUAUACAAUCAAGUGAUUUAAAAACAGCUAUGAAAAUGAGUAAUUAUGAAAUGGUUCAAUUAUUAAUUGAAAAAGAUCGAAAUAGUAUACGUGUGAGAUCAUCGAAUCAUGGUGAUAUGAUUGUUCAUACAUAUAUGAGAAAAAAUUUUGAUAAUUUAGCUUGUCUAGAAACAAUUCUAUCAUUUAUUAGUGAUAAUGAAUUAUUAACAUAUUUAUCUGAAGGUAGUUUAUCCUACGGUGACAAUCUAUUACAUAUAGCUGCUCGUGAAGAUACUCCAAAUGCUUUAACAUGUUUUUUAAAUUUAUCUCGUGUAAAAUUUUCAUUUUGGGCAAAUAUGAUGUUAACAAAAAAUAAUGAUAAUAAAACACCAUUGGAAUUGGCAAAUGAAUUUAAACAUUAUGCUGUUAUUAAAAUAAUUAAUACAAAAUGGAAAGAAUCUUAUGAAAAUCUCUCACAUUCUUUACGUGACGGUCAUUGUGGUGUAUCAACAACUGGUGUUACUCAAGCAAAACGUCGCUGUUUUAAUUGUAAACAAACGGGUCUAGUAGAAAUAAAUUCUGAAUUAGGUGCAUCAUUAUCAUCAUCCGCUGAUAUUAGUGUUCGUCCAUGUGAAAAGUGUAAUAUAUGUAUUUAUAAAUCAUUGGACAAUUCCAUGCAAACAUUUUUAGCACUAUUGUUUAGUGAUGAGAGUAGUUCAAUAGCGUUAGAUAUUAUGGAUUCAUUGGUUGUUAUUAACGAAGCUCAAAAAUCGGUACAUCUAUAUCUUGAUCAUAUUGAACCAUGGGAAGAAUUUGAUAAAAUAUAUUUAAAUGAUUCAUCUAGAUUAAUUAAUCAGUUAGUGUUUACAGCAAGUAGCAAAAAAAGAAAAGUUCUCCCAACUACAGCGGAUAAGUCUUCAAAAAUGCUAUCAGCUCAACGUGGAUCUUUCUCAUAUGGGCUUCCUCCAUCACGUCCAUCCAUCACAUCCAAAUUUCGUCCUGACGGUACUCAAUUUCGUACCAUAACACCAUUGGAAGCCAUUUAUUUUCAUGAACGUAUCGAUUUAGUAACACAUCCUUUGAUAAAAGGUUUAAUCAAAUGGAAAUGGGAUCGUUAUGCUGCCAAACAUUUUUAUAUUAAAAUGUCAUUGGAAUUAUUAUUUUUAACUUUAUGGACUUGUGUUUCACUCCUCGAACCAUUUCCCGUUCGUUACGUCUACCAUUUUCCAAAACAUAUCUGGCGAUGUAUAUUAUGGGCAGCAUCGCUUGGUUUUCUCAUAUGGGAAAUUACUCACGAAUUAUUUGAAAUUCACUAUGCCCGUCAAAGAUAUGGAGAUUAUCUAUUGUGGGAAACAGAACGUACAGAACAUCGUCUAAAUCAAAUAGGAAAAAGUCAAUAUGCUGAUCCAAAUUCAAGAAUAAAAACGGGUGAACCAGGAAUGAGAAAUAUCGCUGAAAAUGUUGAAUUGGAUAAUACUAUUCUUAUAACGAAUGAAAUAAAUUCAUCAUCACCAGUAACAAGAAAUCAGCGACAACGUCAUCGUACGUAUCAGACAGAAUCAAGAUCACCGUCAAAAACACUAUUUCAAACAAAGUUAGCCGAACCAAUUUUAACCGAUAGUAAUAUAUUAGCAUCUUCGACUUCCGCUGGUUUUGGUUCUCAACCAAUAGGAACAGAGGCGGGAAAUGCUCUCUUAGGCGGAUUUUCUCCAAAAAAAGGAGUGAUAAAAAAUGGAAUUACAGCAGCAACUGUCACAGUCACACAACCAGUUGUCUCUCGUUCAAUGUUAUAUUUUCAACGAUUAAAAUCUCGUUUGAAUACCCGCCUUAAAUCUUAUUAUAUCUAUUAUUCUCUCAAUAAUUUAUUCGAUUGGAUCUGCUAUAUUUUCUGUACAUUAACAACUAUUACACAUUUCAUUGAUGUAUCUAGUCAUACCGUGUUACGUGCUCGUAUUCAUAUGUACAUUGCAUCAGUAACGGUUAUUUUAAUUUGGUUUCGAUUUAUGGUCUAUUUUCGGACGAUUACAAUAUCGGCAAAAACGCUUAGAUCAAAAAUAGUUGAAAUUAAAUUGGGAGAAUUAGUUAUUAUGGUUCGCAUGAUGUUCGAUGAUAUAAUUCGUUUUUUACUCGUAUUUUUAUUUUUAUUGAUUCCUUAUGCUUUUGUAUUCUACGCAGUAUUUGGUAGUAAGCAGAUUAGGCAACAAGACUAUGAACAAUCAAAUUAUGUGUGUGAACGAGCUUUACUCGAAUGUAAUAUUAAUGAAAAUGCCAUACCAUUCGGACAAGAUCAAAGUGGAAAAGUACAAUAUUUUUUUAAUGGAACAUCAGAUUUGUGUUCAAAUGCAACCGAUAUGUGUCGUAUAGUACAACCAAAUGGUUUUGAAAAUUUUUAUUCUCUUUUAUUUAGUAUAUUUAGAAUUGCGCUUGUCGAUGACAUUCCAAUCGAUGACUUUAAUCAAAUUGAUCGAUAUUUUGCUAGUUUUGUCUGUAGUACUUAUUUGUUAUUCACCGCUAUUUUAUCCAUCAACAUUUUUAUUGGUCUGAUUAGUAAUGCAUUACAAACCGAUGCAUUUUCAACUGUUGAAGCACGUUUUCUUAUUGAACGUGUUGAGGUUAUUUUGAAUUAUGAAUGGCGUCUAUCGAAACGAAAACGUUUACAAAUUCAAGAAAUGUUACAUCGACAAUGUGCACCAUUACAAGUAAAUUGGAAAGAUAUAAAUUUUGAUGCCCACAGUCAAUCUAGAGAACAACAACAACUAAAAGCGUUUCAAAAUUUUCAACAAGUAAUUGAUAAACGAAAUCAACAAUUUGACACAUUCCGAAUACAAAUACAACAAAAACUAACGGAAAUUGAUACCUCACUAGGAAAAUUAAUUCAUGGACAGCCAGCAACACGAACAACGGACACUGUUUUACAUCAACCAUCUUCAUCUACAAAACAAGCAGUGAGUAAACGUCCAUCGAUAGCACACUCAGUCAUUUCUUCCGCUCAUUCAGAAGAGCAAUUAGCUUCGCCAACAUCAGCCGUACCGCUCAUCUAUGAAAUACCAUCAACGCCUCAUAUUCCACAACAGUCAAAUGAACUUUUACUUGAAGAAAUUCAAAAACUACGUGAAUUAGUCGAAAAAUCAUUGCAAGAAAAACGUUUGUCAACAGGUUCAUCAAUAUUAGAAGCGCCAAUAGUCGGUAUCAUGAGAAAACCCACUCAGCAGUCAAAACAAUCUCAAAGUCAGCCACCGCUACAAUCAUCAUUCGUGAUUCAAUCCUCAUCAUCUGAUUUAAAUGAAAGAGUGACCGAUUUACAGUUAGCUGUGAAUCGUUUACAUCAAGAUGUAGGCGCCAUUCGUCACGUGCUCGAGAGAAUGUCACCACUAUCAACUAGUCUUAUUUUAGGAAAAACCGCUAGUAGAAGGUAG